UCAAAGGUGGUACAGUACCGAUUUCAAUCUAUUAGUACCGCGAUACUUUAUUAGUAGCAGUAUACUGUACAACCCUACUACAUACACAAACAGUACUUAGAAGAAAGUGUGUUUUUGUUGUUUGUGUCUUGCAGACGUCCAGCAGCUGAUCGGUAAUCCAGAAGAAGUUUCCCCUCAGUUAGGGGGGAGCUCCACUUUGAAGCAGGAGACUCCACAACCACCCUGCAUUAAAAAGGAAGAGGAGGAACUCUGCAUCACUCAGGAGGGAGAGUGUCUUCUAGGACGAGAGGAAGCUGAUUACACCAAGUUUCCACUGAGUAUUCUCUCUGUGAAGACCGAAGAUGAUGAAGAGAAACCACAACUAGACAACCUCUUAGCUCCACUAUCAGAUAGUGAGACUGAAGACGAGGUUGAAGAACCUUUGAGCAGCGAUAAAGACUGUGAAGGUGAUAUGAGGACUCACACUGACAACAAAUACUCUGAAUGCUCUUCAAAGAAGAGAGGUAAAACAUGUUUGAGCUGCUCAGUUUGUGCUGAAAGUUUUACUAAAAAGAGCCGUUUGAUUCGACACAUGAGAACACACACAGGUGAAAAACAAUUCAAUUGUUCGAUUUGUGGCAAAAGCUUUUCUCGAAUUAGCUUUUUGAAUCGACACAUGAGAACACACACAGGUGAAAAACCAUUUAAUUGUUCAGAUUGUGGCGAAAGCUUUUCUCAAAAUAGCCAUUUGACUCAACACAUGAGAACACACACAGGUGAUAAACCAUUUAACUGUUCAGUUUGUGGCAAAAGCUUUUCUCAAAAUAGCCAUGUGACUCAACACAUGAGAACACACACAGGUAGAAAAGUACUUAAGUGUUCAUUUUGUGCCAAAAGCUUUUCUCAAAAUAGCCGUUUCACUCGACACAUGAGAACACACACGGUUGAAAAACAAUUAAAUUGUUCGAUUUGUGGCAAAAGCUUUUCUCGAAUUAGCUUUUUGACUCGACACAUGAGAACACACACAGGUGAAAAACCAUUUAAUUGUUCAGUUUGUGGCGAAAGCUUUUCUCAAAAUAGCCAUUUGACUCAACACAUGAGAACACACACAGGUGAAAAACCAUUUAAUUGUUCAGUUUGUGGCAAAAGCUUUUCUCAAAAUAGCCACGUGCCUCAACACAUGAGAACACACACAGGUGAAAAAUCAUUUAAUUGCUCAGUUUGUGGCAAAAGCUUUUCUGUUAAGUUCACUCUGACGGAACACAUGAGAACACACACGGGUGAAAAAACAUGUAUUUGUUCAGUUUGUGGUAAAAGCUUUUCUGUUAAGAGCAAUUUGAUUCAACACAUGAGAACGCACGCUGUAGAAAAACCAUUUAGUUGUUCAGUGUGCUGUAAAAGGUUCCCACAUAAUGCAGACGCAGUAAAACACACAAGAACACACAAGGGAAAAUAACCGAUUAGCUGUUUAGUUUGUGGUAUGUUGCUCAUAUGUGGCGACAUCCACCCUACCCAGGACCUCCUCACUGCUUCUUUCACAAAUAUUCAUACAAACUUGGAUUAUUUGGAGCAUAAUCUUAUCUACUCAUGACCCCAUGUCUUCUCUGUA